AUGGCGACAUUCGGAUCUGGAAGAGGCUUGACGCGGGAAGCCCAACAGGCCCCGGAAAAGACGUCUCGGAAACCCCAGCCACAAGUUCUUCAAGACGACAAGGACAUCAUUCACGCCCUAGGCCUCGACUGGACACCCGACGACACCAUGCGCUACCUCGAGAAAGUGCCCAGAUUCUAUCUGCGGCGACUCCAAGUCAACGAAUUGCCAGUCCCUGUCGGGGUAUACUGCGCGGAGUCAGAGACCAUCAAACAACACUGGGAAGAAGCCUGGGAAGAUCUACCAUACGCCGACAAGCGCAUUGGAAAGACAUCGGGCCGGCAGAUCCAGGUGAUCCACCGAAGCAGAUUCGCACACAUCAUCCGGCGAGGCGAGAGCGGGCUCUUCUUUGACGAGGCCACUCAGGAACUAGUCUUUGCAAGACUGCCGCGGAUAGUGCGCGAUGACGCCAUACUAAAGGCCAUGGACGAGGUGUGCAAGGGUGCAGCGAGGGAGAGGAGGGGCGAUCGCCGUGACGAUCCUGGGAUUUUGACCGGCAUAGGUUAUACCGGCGGCUCGCGAAAGGACCGCAAACCCACUCUUGCCGGAAGCUUCCUCAGACGGAACAUGAAGCCGGAGGAGAAGGCCAGGAUCCAUCUGGAAGAAUCCGGAGUGGCGACGCUGGCCUCGAAUAUCUUGAAGCCUCGCAUCCCAGCAGAGGUCGUGGCAGAUUAUGACAGUGCUAUUGCCAGGAGAGGAUUCCGACGCAUGGACGCCGGAUUAGAUGAUGGCCUGUACUCCGUCUGGUCCAAGGACAGAGCCACCGAGUGGCGGUUCCGCUUCGACGAGGCCGCUCCCCCUCAAGGCGCCAUGUCCAUGAACUAUGCUCGGUUCACCCACCGCGAAGACGGCGUCAACGUCUACGGCCUCGCACUCACGACCGUCAGCACAGCCGAUCCAAGCACCGGUGGAAACUUCUACGUGGCUCAGUACGGCAUCCUCUCAGUAGCAGAGGGCAACACUGCCACCGUCUGGCGGGUCAACGACUACCACGGCACCUCCUUGUACGAGAGGAUCCCACGCCAGAACUCGGGUGUUGCGCUCUUUGUGCCGACCUCGUUGAUCCCCAACUCCGACCAACCCGCGCCCCACAACUUCACCCGUGCUGAUCUUGCGGCGGUCGAGCGUCCGCCGCCUACCAAGAGAGGUGCAGCCAUAAACUCCCGGCGGACCACUGAGGGAGUCAACGAGUAUUAUGUCCGCGGGGAGACGCCAGAGGAGGAGGGAGCGGAAGAGGGAGAAGAGCAUCGCGCAUGA